GCAACAGCAGCAGCAACAGCAGCACCAUCAUCAUCACCACCAUCAUAACCUUCGGCAGAGACCAAGCUCUACCUCAGAAAGACACGAUCCCAUUUUGGCGACAGCCAUUACUAGCUCUGUCAUUGAAAAGUGCGACAGUCCAGACGAUACCAGCUCGAUCGAGGGUUCAACCCCGUUUGAAACAGACACAGCUCCCAACAGCAGCGGCACCAAUGCAAACGAAUUACAAUGCGUGAUGAAGGACCUGGAAGAGUUUGAGUUUGUUGUAGGAGUUUCAGAGGACAGGAACAGGCGAUGUAGGCGAACAAUGGAGGAUACCCAUGCGUUCAUUUACAAUUAUGAGGGAAUUACCGGACACGGCUUCUUUGCUAUCUUUGAUGGACACGCAGGCAAGGCUGCAGCGGACUGGUGUGGCCUACAUUUCCACGAGGUGUUUAACCGCAUUCUGGACGAAAAGGCGGAUCAACCAGGCGUGGACUUCCAGGAGCUUGUUAAUGAUGCAUUCUUGGCAGUGGAUCAGGAGCUCGCAGAGGCUCUUCAACAAGGACGAUCCAGCGGCUGUACUGCCAUCAUGGCCUACAUCCGAAAGGAGGGCGAUAAACGGGUUCUUUACACUGGAAACGUAGGGGAUGCGAGAGCAGUGUUGUGUCACAAAAACAAAGCAGUGCGACUCUCAUACGAUCAUAAGGGUAGUGAUCACACUGAGGCGCAGCGAAUUCUGGAUGUCGGAGGAUUUGUCAUGAAUAACCGUGUCAAUGGCGUGCUGGCUGUGACACGAGCGUUGGGAGACAGCUCGAUGAAGGAGUUCAUUAUUGGAUCACCAUACACAACAAGGACAGAGAUCGGGACGGAUAAUCCGUAUCUCAUUCUGGCAUGCGAUGGAUUGUGGGAUGUAUGUAGCGAUCAGGAGGCGGUGGAACUGAUCAAGGAUGUGGUGUGCCCCACAAAAGCCAGCCGAGUCCUACUAGAGCACGCAUUGCAAAAGUUUACCACGGACAACAUUAGCGUCAUGGUGAUCAGGUUAAACGUCUAGUGCCACCUUUUUUUUUCUUCAUGAACAAGCUGAUGUUUAUUUCGCUUGCACUACUCUUCUUUCUCCUCCUUCCUCCUUCGUUCCUUUCAUCUCUCUCAUUUCAAACGCCUUUUCUAUCCGUGUUAUUGUUGUUGUUGCUGUUGUUGUAAUAAAGUUAGCACAAGAGCGAGGAAUGUCUCUAUCUCUAUAAUAAUAAUCCUUGCU